UGACUUCUCCGUUAUGGACAGAACCGUCCGCCUUGCGAAGGAGAACGGCGUACGUGUCGGAGCACACCCGUCUCUUCCUGACCGCCAGGGGUUUGGACGGCGCGAGAUGAUCAUGGAUCCUGAGGAGCUUGCGCAAUGCUUUGUCUACCAGGUCGGCGCGCUCAGCGGCUUUCUGACGCGACAUGAUCUCCCGCUCAACCAUAUUAAGCCUCAUGGCGCUGUGUAUGGUAUGCUCGCACGCGAUAUCAGCCUCGCGCGGGCUGUCAUGGGCGUCGCCAAGACCUUCGAUGUCCCGUUUAUGGGUCUCGCGGGCACCUGCCACCAAGAGGCUGCCAGAGAAGCAGGCGUACCAUUCAUCGCAGAAUGGUUUGCCGAUCUGGAAUAUAGCCCCGACGGAAAGCUGCUGAUCACGAAGAAGCAUGAUCCUGUGCCGGUAUCUGUUGUCCGAGGACGGGUGAACAAGCUCUUGAACGAAGGCCUGAUCACGACAGCUGCAGGCUUUCUGCCUCUUGCACCUGGUGUCAAGGAGGUCUCAAUAUGCUGUCACUCUGACACACCGGGCGCUGUGGAGAUUGCACGAGCAGUCAAAGAGCUUGUUGAUGCGAACAAUGCAGCGCUAGUAUAAUUGUAUGGAAGCGCAUAGUUCGAAGGAAGUAGACAGUUACUGCAAUCAAACGAGCAGCAAUCUACAAUAUAACGGGUUACAUUCCAUUGCGCGAGGGCGUAACCUAAAACGGAGCCAGAAAUAUGUUAUUUGACAUCUCUUAUGAGUACAUUCGAUAGCCCACUGUAUGGGCAGCAAAAGCACGCCAGUAUACGACAUGAGCUGCAACACGGCAGAUUGAGGAGACAUCAUGUCGUACCUGCCACUGGGCCUACGACCAUCGGUGCCUCUUGAAUAGGCUGUGUCGUCCGCGGUCGUGCAAGGAGCGGCGCCCGCUCGUCCGCGACAGGCGGUGUACUGCGUCCGUCCUCGUCCUCGUCUGUGUCCUUGCCGCCUGCGCACCGGCACAAGCGCAUGGCGGUACGCCCAAUGCAGGGGCGUCGGACCGAGGCGAGGUCCUGGCAGAACCCCGCACAGCAUGCACCAAGGACAGCGGAGCAGAAAGCGCCGCAAGCGUCCUCCAUCGACAUACUGGCUGCAAGGCGGCUGGACGAUCUUAUUCGUGUGAAAAAAACUCUGCGGACCAGAGUCAGAGGAUGCUCGCUGCACGCGUAGCAGGAGGGCGUAUUCUCUGUGAAUCAGCCACAGAGAGGUUACUCUCUGGGAUCUCUGAUAGUGCUAGGAAAAAGGAUUGCGUUCCUUCCGAGAACUGGACGAGACCGGAUGUCAUCG